AUGGCCGGACUACUAUCAUAUGUACCAAUCGUCAAUAGGUUUGUCGGAGACGACGGCACUACGCAAGCCAUCGACAUCCCCCCUGUCGAAGUCCACAAUGUCGAGACCGAUCCCGAGAAGCGCGCCCGCUGCCUGAAGCACCUGCUGAGGGCCAACCAUGUCAACCACUCCAUUCUAUACCACGAUCUACAGUUCCAUAACCAUGCGCCGCAUAUCCUCGCUUCGGCGUAUCUACUUGGUGCGACCGAUAAACAGCUCCAUGCCAUCUACGAAUCCGAGGCGAAAGAGCUGGAGCCUUGGGAGGAGUCCCCUGCUGAGGUGACUGAGGACGACUGGCAGGACUUUUUGGGCGACAAAAGAUAUCAGAGGGCAUACAUUGACUUUUUUGAGGACUCUCUGGCCUUACACUGCGGAUAUGACUGGAAGAAGGUUGUCAAUAAGUAUCUGUUCGAGGGCAAAGAGCCCCUGAUUAACGGGCUCAUCGGUGGUCUUGGCCAUCCCCUCAUCCAUCUUGGAUACGCAUACGAAGUCGACAACAAGGAGGUCGCCAUUGAGGCGCUCGGCCUGGCAGCGACGAACUACAACUUCCUCCACAAGUAUCUCGACCAAAAGAAAUACACAAGGCCGGCACCGUUUAGCUCGAAAUCGACCUUUGAACUGGUAAAUAAGCUGGCAAAGGACGAGCGAUUUGACGGACUCUUCAAGGAGCCGAAUGUCGACAACUUGGCGGUGCUAUUCGAGAAGCACGAGAGCCUCGUCCUUGAGUACUGGAAUGCUUGGACCAUCACGGACCCCGUGAAACAAUUCGAGGAAUCUCAGGAGUUGGCUGUGGCGCUACUGGUAGCUACCAUUACACCUGGUACCUACGCAUACAACUUCUUUACAGUGCACCUUCUCACGACGAGCCAUGCCGUGCGUAUCCUCAUUCCUUUCAUCCCGACCAAGUUUCACAUCAGCCUGGUCCGCCAAUGGUGGUUGUUUACCCUUGCGGUGUAUAUUUCUCUCCUUCGUCCCAAGAUUGACCCCGACAACGUCGAGACGGACUUGAAGGGUCGGCACUGGGGCUUUGCUGAAGAGGUUGCCCUCAACUCUCAAUGGGCAAAGGAUGCCCAUUUCGUCAAAGCGAUUCGCGCCAUGAAGGAGGCUGCUAGGACAUGGGGCGAUGUCCAUGAGCGGUACUUGGCGUCUGCUCUCACCUUUGUGGACAACUUCCACGGGUGGACUUUCUAG